UAUCGCUCUAACAUUGUUCUUUGUUCCAGCUCUAGCAGAUCCCGGUUGCCAAAAAAUUAAUGUGCAUUUUUUUUACGGAACCGCGAGUUCGAGAGCCGAGCCACCAGCGUUAGGAUUGCCGAGAAAGCCCGCCAUUGCGCUGACCCGGUGAACGAGAAACGUUUUUUUCCCCCGCACCGUCAACGCCAGCAGUCCGAUUCACCGCUAUCCCGUUGCCUCGGCUGCCGCCAUCCUCCGGGUGAAGAUGUCUGUCUACAGCGACCUGGACCGCCAGAUCGAGCAGCUGAAACGCUGCGAGAUCAUCAAGGAGAACGAGGUUAAGGCCCUGUGUGCCAAGGCUCGCGAGAUCCUGGUGGAGGAAGGCAAUGUGCAGCGUGUGGACUCGCCGGUGACCGUCUGCGGCGACAUCCACGGUCAGUUCUACGACCUGAAGGAGCUCUUCAAGGUGGGCGGCGAUGUGCCCGAGAAGAACUAUCUCUUCAUGGGCGAUUUCGUCGACCGUGGCUACUACAGCGUGGAGACGUUCCUGCUGCUGCUGGCGCUGAAGGUGCGCUAUCCGGAUCGCAUCACGCUGAUCCGCGGCAACCACGAGUCGCGCCAGAUAACGCAGGUGUACGGCUUCUACGACGAGUGCCUGCGCAAGUACGGCUCGACGGCCGUGUGGCGCUACUGCACGGAGAUCUUCGACUACCUCAGCCUCUCGGCGAUCAUCGACGGCAAGAUAUUCUGCGUGCACGGCGGCCUGUCGCCGUCCAUCCAGUACCUGGACCAGAUCCGCAGCAUCGAUCGCAAGCAGGAGGUGCCGCACGACGGCCCCAUGUGCGAUCUGCUCUGGAGCGAUCCGGAGGAUCAGACCGGCUGGGGCGUUUCGCCGCGCGGCGCUGGCUACCUCUUUGGCUCGGACGUCGUCUCCCAGUUCAAUCGCACCAACGAGAUCGACAUGAUAUGCCGUGCGCACCAGCUGGUGAUGGAGGGCUUCAAAUGGCACUUCAACGAAACCGUCCUGACCGUCUGGUCGGCACCCAACUACUGCUAUCGCUGCGGCAAUGUGGCUGCCAUCUUGGAGCUGAACGAGUACCUGCACCGCGACUUUGUCAUCUUUGAGGCGGCUCCGCAGGAGAGUCGCGGCAUACCUUCCAAGAAGCCCCAGGCAGACUACUUUCUUUAAGACGAGAGCGCAGUCGCCGCUUCCACGGGGAAGUGGGUACCCACUGGUGGCUGACACAAAUCAUCUAGGGAAAACAAAACUGCCAGGAUGCCUAAGCUAAGCAAACGCGAGCUGCAAGUGCGUGAAAAACGAUUGUAACAUAAACACAAGCUAGCACAUCAAACCGGCGGCAAGCGAACCCAAAAGCAACCGGUUACUGUUCCGAAUUCAUUUCCAGAUUUUACGUUCUUUAGAACUACUUGGAUAUCUUUUUUUUUAACAUUCGUUUUACCUUCCAUCUGUGUUUAAUCUGACCAUUUGCGAUCUUAUGAUGGCUGUUUGUGCUGUUAGGUGUCCGUGGAAGUCAUCUAGUGUGUGUAGAGAUCAAUAUCAUGGAUCGCGUAUGAAACCUGCGCGUCGCAUCUAGCUACUAACUAAUAGGAUUAAUCACCCUUGUCCGCGACUCCUUCGAAUUCGCCUGGCGCAGACAGACGGUCUGCAGACCCACCGGCAGCCGCCUUCUCUUCUACGCGAAUUCCCUGAGAUCGGGCGACGCACUAUUUAUAUAAGCGUAGGUUAAAGCAAUAAGCUAUGUAUCGACCGUCGAGUCGCGUAAAGGCGACACAAUUAGAAAGGAAUUAAAUGCGAAAAGUCGUCAAAAUGUU